GAGCAGUUCUGGAGGAGGUGAAUCAGUCUCGACUGAGUAAACGCCUACCCAAAGGAGAGAGCUACAUCAAACCCAUCAUGGGGGACACUAAGCUCUGCCUCAUGCUGAUCCUCAGCGCCGUCGCGUUGGCCCAUGCAGAUGAUGAGGCUCCAUGCCUGAUGGCCAAGAGGUACAAGCCCUUCCACAAGUAUGAAUAUCUGUAUGAAGCUGAAUCCCUCAACUUCCUCAACGGAGCUGUCAACGGCCCCAAAGGAAGCUGCAAGGUUGAGAUUGAGGUUCCUGGCCCCUGCCACUACAUCGUUCGUACCACUGAGUGCACGCUCAGUGAGGUCACUGAUUUUGAUGCAGCUGGCAACCCGGUCUUUGCCCCAGCAACCACUGCUGAUGCCUUUAAGGCUGCAAUGGAGAAGAACCCUCUGAAGGUCACUGUUGAAGGUGAUAAUGACAUUAAGCUGUUCCCUGAGGACGAUGAGCCAAUCAACAUCCUCAACAUCAAGAGAGGAAUCAUCUCUGCCUUUGCUGUACCUGUCCUGGAGGAGGAGAGGAACAAGAGGAUGCCCACCAUCUAUGGAUUGUGCAAGACUGGCUACACUGUGAAUGCCAGAGAGGACAUUGCCACAGACGUAACCCUCACACGAGACCUGUCCAGCUGUGACCAAUUCAAGCCAGUCAGCGACCACACCAGCCCCCUGGCCCUCAUCACUGGCAUGAACUACCCUCUUAGCCAGCUGAUCAGGAGCACCCAGACCUGCAACUACCAGUUUGACAAUGCAGAGCACCACCCAGUCUCUGGUGAAUGCACUGAGAACCACAUCCUGGUGCCAUUCUCCCACAAGGGUAAAUAUGGAGUUACCAACAUUGGCAAACAGAAGGCCACUCUCCUGGGAGUGACUGAGCACAAUGACAGAGUCUUUGACCCCAUUUUGGCCAAUGAGCAGACCCUGCACCCACACGCCAGUGUGGACAAGAGCCCAAUCCAGGACAAAGAUGCUGCUCUCGCUCUCCUAACUGAACUGGCUGGCCUUUCCAAGACCGAGAAUGGACACAAGAGAGCCCACCUGGCCCACAAGAUCGUGAGCAUGAUCCGCAAGAUGUCUGCAGAGACCCUGGCUGCUGGCGUGCCCAAGGCCCUGGAAAUCUCUCGCUCCCUGAUCUACCAGGCUCUGUUUCAGUGCGGUACCCCCGAGUGCAACAGCGCCAUCAUGCAGAUCCUCAGGACCUUCGACAGCUCUUCUAUGGAGAUUGAUGCCACCGUCUACGCCAUGGGUCUGCUACCCAACCCUUCUCGCCAGCUCGUCCACGACAUGCUGGAGAUGGCCAAGUUCAAGCAGAGCAAGCCCAUUUUCUAUGGUGCCAGUAAUGCCGUCAAGAGACUGUACAAGGCUGAGGGCAAGGUCACUCCUGAGAUUGAGGCUGUUGCAGACUUUGCACUGGAGCAGAUUGGAGACUGCACUGGUGACCAGGAGCACAUUUACAUGUCCCUGAAGGUUAUUGGUAACAUGGCUGCUGCUAUUGGGGCUGCCAGCCCUGCCCUGAAAUCUGCUGUGAUCCAGUGUGUGAACCAGCCUGCUGCCACUCCAGAGGUUCAGCUUGCUGCCAUCCAGGCCUACAGACAGACCACUCUGCCAGAGGAGGGCAGAGAGGUGCUUAUGCAGGUCCUUUUGGACGGUGCUGCCCCACUGCAGAAACGUCUUGCUGCCUACCUGGUGCUGAUGAAGGACCCUCAGCCCUCUGAACUGUCUCAGCUGGCUGCUGCCCUGCCAGUUGAGGAUAACCAACAGGCCAAGAGCUUUGUGAUCUCUCAUGUCACCAACAUCCUGAGCUCCACUGCACCUGAGACAAAGGAGCUUAGACAGAAGAUCCUUGAUGCCCUUCAGGGCAAUGACGUUGGAACUGUCAUGGACCCAACCAAGUUCUCUGGUAACUACAAAGUCGGAUCCCUGGAGGGAAACAUGGUAUUUGAGGGCAGUAACUACCUGCCUAAGGAAGUCAUGCUGGAGAUGACCCUGAAUGCCUUUGGCUAUGAUUUGGACAUGUUUGAGAUUGGCAUGGAGGGCAAGGGACUUGAGCCAACUGUUGGGGCCCUGUUUGGUGACAAUGGGUUCUUCCCCGACACCGUGAUGAAGACCAUCUACUUUGCUGCUGAUAGGAUGCCUGGCCAAUUCAAAAAGGUUCUGAAAAACAUUCUUCCUUUCCUGAGGAACGACAGGAAAAAGAGACAGGCUUCCCAGAGCCUCAUAAAAGAGCUUGGACAGAGCGUCAACAAAUUGUUCAGAGACCUGAAGGCUCAGGAUGCCCCUGAGGCCAUGGUCUACCUGAAAAUGCUGGGAAUGGAACUUGGCUACCUGAAGACCAAAGACAUGGAGAAGAUGGCCUACUCUGCUGCAGCGAUGAUUGACAACCUCCUUAAAAUGUUCCCAUCUGAUUUCAUCAAGGGACUGCUGACCAGCGCUGACAAUGACCUGUUUGCCCACUACAUCUUUAUGGACAAUGAAUUCUACCUGCCAACCGGCCCUGGUGUUCCUCUGAGGGUUGCCCUGUCUGGUACCUUCACCCCUGGAUUCAAGGGAGGAGUGAACAUGGCUCCUGACAUGAGUGAGGUGACAUUCAUGCCAUCUGCUGGUAUCGAGUUUGUGACUGAGGUUGGAGCCCACUUGCCUGACUUUGUUCAGUCUGGUCUGGAGAUGCACACCAACAUUUACCACGAGAGUGGCCUGAAAGCCAAGGUCUCUGUGUCCCUGAGCAACAUAAAGCUGACCAUCCCUGCCCCUCAGAGCCCUACCAAGCUUGUCAGCCUCACCAACUCCCUGGUGUCUGUGCAUGGCGCUGAGACCAAGACCAUCCCAGCCACAGGAGAGAGAGUUGAUGUGACAGAAUGCACACCUGUCUUUGCUGGCAUGAAGUACUGCACAGCUCUGCAGUACUCUGAUGCUAUGCAGACUGAUGAGUCUCCCUACUUCCCCUUCACUGGGGACAGCAAGCUUGCCAUUGAGUUUCACCCCACUGGUGAGGUCUCUGAGUACACGGCUGACAUUGACUAUUCCUAUGAAGAGAGGACAGAUGAAGUUAAACUCACUCUAAAGGCUGAAGGAGCAGCAGCCGCUGAGGCCACAGCAAAUGUGAAGUUCAACAGGAAGACGUAUAACGUUGAAGCUGAUCUCCAGAUCCCUGAUUAUGACCUGGAGGUUGGGCUCAGGCUUGGCUCUGUCAACCCCGACACCAAGGGCAAAGCCACGCACUCUGUCCAGAUUGACCUAGUCAACAAAAACAUCCCCCAAGCCUCGCUUAUUGCCCUGGGAAAAUUUGAGUCCAUGAAGGAUGCAAACAUGGAAGUUCAGCUUCUUGUCCCACCAUUUGCUGAUUUCAAGGUUGCUGCUCACCUUCACCGUGAGGAAGAUCUGACCCUUGAACUGAAGACUGACUUCAAACUGCCAGAUACUAACUCUGUGCAGGAAAUUACUCUUAAAUAUGAUAAUGGGAAACUGGAGGCUGAAAUCAAAUCUGAUGUGAGCUCUGAGAUCAGGAAAAUCCUUUCAAACUUUGGAGAGGUUGAGGCCACCAUUGACAGCUUUGUCAACCUGGAAAUUAGCCAGACUGGGAUGACAGUUGGUACUCUCCUCAGCAAGUCUGUUAAGGAAACGAAUGCCUACAUUGAGAAGUAUGGAGCAGAUAUUCCAUAUGUACAGACCAUGAGAGUGCCUGAAUUCCCUGAGCUGUCUCUACCUGAGAAACUGUACUUGAAGGCUGAGGCUGAUGUCAAAUACCACUUUGGCAAAGAUUACAUCAGCUUCGCCAUCCCUCUGCCUCUUGGAGGGAAAUCCUCUGGAGACCUGAACUUCCCUGCUGCCCUGACCACUCCUCACCUGACAGUGCCCCAGCUGGGCCUGGAGGUAGCCUCCUUUGACAUUCCCCUCCCUGAGGUGUUUGUUCCAGAGCAGGUGUAUGUGUCUCUCGGGAAGGCCGAAGUGUACGCCAAGAUAGAGAGCAACUUCUACAACGUGGAGGCCGACGUCUCUGCUGGUAGAGAUCCAGUGGACCACCCCAGCUAUUCUGCAAAAGUAGAAGUGACUGGAACUUGUCCUGCUGAAAUUCUUUCCCUGAAGAUUGAUGGAUCUGUACUGCUUGAAGAUCCACCCGGUGACUCAGUCAAGGCUGAAAUGAAGACACAUGUAAACCACAAGCUCAUUGAUGCCAGCAUUACUGUUGAGGAGGUGGCAACCAUUGCUGACAAGUUCAGCUUGAAGUCCAACAGCAAGAUUGAGGUCACUAGCCUUCUUGGUGUGGAGGUGUCUAUGGAGUAUGAUGGUGAUGGUGAUCUGAACACAGAGGGGAUCUCUGGAAAUGGAAAACUAGAGGCAUCCCUUAAGGCUGGCCCAGUUUAUUGUGCUACCACCAUCUCCCAAACGGUCGAAGUUUUCCCAUUCAAGCCAGAGGCCAAGAUUGACUCUUCUGUUAAGAUUGAUUCCACCCUUGUCAAAGCCCAGAACACAUUUGCUGCUGCCUUUGCUAAUGGUGAGCUGACUGCCACAUCCAACACUGCAGCACUUGAUGAUACCCUGGUGCAUCUUGCUGAGGUCACCUUCAAGGAUUCCACACUGGCUGUGAAGUCCGAUACCAAGGCAGAAGCCCUCGGCCUGAAGAUUCAGAAUGUGGCUGAAGCUUCUGCUGGUGCUGGAGCUGUUAACAUCAAGGUGGAAACAAGUGCUGACCAUGCAGAAGACCGCCUCCAUUCCCUUGUGUCUGCUACCCUGGAUGUCAAUGGCCUGGCUAUGAACAGUGCUGCUGAUGUCAAGCUUGCCGAGAACACUGCAACUCACAAAGCAUCCUUGACACUGAACAAUGAUGGUUUGGCAACCGAUGGAGCCACAUCCCUGCAGAGCCCUCUGACGCUGGAGAACACCUUCAGCGGUUCCCUGGGUGCCUCUAAGGCUGCCUUAAACAUUGACACCAAAUGUGUAUUUGCUGACAUGACACUCAUGGACUUCCUUACCAACUUUGAAAUCACCUUUGUGAAUGGGGAUGCUUUCCUUAGAGAGCUCACCACAAAUUACCUGCCUAACCUGUCUCCUAUUUCACCGCCAGAGUUCUCUCUCUUUGACAUGGCUCUUAAGAUCCCAGAAUUCAAAAUGCCCCACAUUCCUCGCUUUGUGAUCUUGCCAUCUUUUAGAAAGCUUUAUGGUGAGGUCAAAGUCCACACUCCCAUCUACAACAUCAGGACCACUGCAGAAUUUCAGGACACAACUGAUAGUGAGACCACGCCCAAGUUCACUACCUUUUUGAAUUCAAAGGGCUCAUCUCCUGUUGAUGAAGAACUGGACUACAGCCUGGACUGCACUGCUGAUGUGGUGAUUCCCAAAAUGAGCCGCAUUAUCAUUGCAGAAACCCUGAAGUUCACCCAGUCGGCAGUGUCUGUUGAGCACCUAGCAACAAUGACCCUUUAUGGCCUUUCUGCUCAGACCUCAGCCAGGACGACUAUGAAGGUUAACACUUCUCCAUACACUGCUGACAUUGUCAACAUUGCAUUCUUUGGUAUGGAAGGUGGCAUAACCACUUCUUUUGACACUUCCUACAACCACAAGGUCAAUAUCCCCAUGAUAUACAUCAGUGAUAUGUCUCUUACGCAGAAGGCUGUUGCUCGCCAAGAUGGCACCACCAUCAAACUUUCUCUUAAAAAUGAAGGAACAAGCAAAGUUGCUAUUCCUCACUCUGAGGAAACAACCCAUAAGAGCGAUCUUGAUUACACCAUGAACCUCCGCACUGCCAAGCUCACAUACACUUCUGAUACGGAGAGUCCUUCUUUUAAAGUGAAGGAAAGCUUGAAUGCUGAUGGUCUUGUUUUCAGGUACAUCAACUUUGAUGCCCGUGUAGAGAUAGAGUCUCCAUUCAUCAAGAACAGCCUGCUGAUUGCCUCUGGGAAGGCUCACUUGGGUGAAAUGAAAGUUGAAAUCAAGGCCAAUCAUGACACAGAGCUUACUGGUGAUCUUAGUGGAACCCUAUCCAACUCCCUCCAUGUUAUGGCUAAACCCGAUGAGUUUGUGCUUGGCUUCCAGAACAAGGGCAAUGCCAAGGCCAACCUGGUGGGCACACUUUCAGCAAAGCUUGAUCUCCAGAAUGACUAUUCUGUCUCUUUGAAUUAUAAUGUGCAGCACAUCAACACAAUGGCCCUUGUCAAGCUGAACCAAUAUGGGAUCAGCUACAACUUCACUGUAGACAAUAACCAGGCUGAAACUGGCAUCUAUGCUUCUGUAGAUGGUGAUGUCAACCUUGACAUCCUGACUGUGCCCAUUAGCAUUCCUGAACUUGCUGUGCCAAUCAUUGAUUUCAAGACCCCAGCCAUCAAUGACAUCAAUCUGUAUGAACACACUGGCCUGAAGAACCUGUUGACCUCUACUGAGCAGACAGUUGAUGUGGAUGCCAAGAUUGUGUACAAGAGCCGUUUUGCUCCCCUUCUAGAUCUGGGCCUGAUUCACAUUCCUGCUGUUGGCAGUCUGGUCUCUGAAGCCUCUUUCAAGUCCUCCAUCAUCAACCUGAAUGUCAAUGCUGAGGUGUCUGCUGAGGAUGACUUGGUUAUCCGCAUUGGUGCCGUCUCUGCAUCUGUCUUUGAGGGUCUGAAGGCCAAGAUUGAUGGUACCAGCAGCCUUACCACCAAGAGAGGUGUGAAACUGGCCACAGCCCUUUCCUUGGAGAAUGCCCAUGUUGAGGCUACCCAUGACAGCACUCUGAACCUGAACUCUGAAGCCUCUCUUUCUUCUGCAACUGUUGCAAAGGUGAACCUGCCAUUUUUCUCUGCUGAAGCCAACCAUCAGGUGAAAGUAGGCCCAACGAGUGAUCCAUUUGUAGACUACGCUUUCAAAAUGGUGUACACCUUGAAUCUUCCCGUCAUCAAUGCUGUUGGCUCUGGAGAUGUUGAGAGCAGCAUGAAGCUUGAAGCUGGCAUGAUAUUUCUUUCCAUGGAGUCAUCAACUAAGGAACAGUUUGAUGGAACCAUCCUGGGCACUGGGAUUGUAAAGAGAUCCUUGAAUGAUGUUACCAGCUUCUAUUUCAACGGAAAAGGCAUUCGCUCAACUCAGAAGAUCACCGACAAAGCACAUGUCAGCUAUGGUGAUCUUAAAAUUGAGUUUGAUGUUGAUGAGGAUUUGGUAUUUGAACUUAAAGAAAGAUUGUAUGCCAGUAUGAAAAUUGACUCUAACAACGAAAUCAACGUGGCUAACCUGAACACCAAGGGAAAGCACUCGGCCAAGGCCACUUGUGAUAUGACACUGACAUCUCUGGCUGUUGAUAUGGAAGCUGACCUUGCUCAACCAAGUGGCCUGGGUGAUCUCAGCUACUUUGAGAAGUUGACCCUUGACAUAACUAACGAAAAACAGAAGGAGGACUACACUCUCAAGAUUGUUUCUCCUGUGUACACCACCACUGCUGCAGUAGAAACAGAAGGUGUCUUCCCCACAUACCAAGGAACCUUUAAGGCCACUGCCAAGUCUCCAGCUGUGUACCUGGAGUACGAUCUAGAUGGCUCGUUCACAGCCUCCCUUGAAAAUGAAGUUGUGAGCCACACUCUCAAGGCUGUCCUGACCCAUACUGACCUGACUAUGGAUGUUCAACAUGCUAUUCAGCACGACAAUGAAGGUCCUGCCCAUACCCUGAAUGUGGACAUCACAAGCCCCACCUUCACUGAUGUGAACUUCCGUUAUGCUGCCCGAAAGGAUGGAGCCAGCACUUCAAUCUCAAGCCCAUCUUCUGGCUUUCUUGGAUUUCAGCUUCAGGGUAAAAUCCCACAGAUGAGUGCAAGACUGUACUGCCGCUAUGCUUCCGAGCCUGAGAAUGACGUGGACCUCCUGGUCUUAAAAGCAGCUCUGGCAGAACCUGAGAAGAUGCAUCUGCACGCUUCUGCCAACAUGGAGGCACCCAUCGUGAUCCUGUCUGGCCUGCAUGAUAGAGUCCCUGCCAUAACCUCAUCACUGACCAACUUUGCAGAGAAGUAUGCCAUGGUCAGCAAUCUUGGGAGCUUGAAGGACAUGUUCGUUGGUAUAGUUGAUGAAGCCUACAACACUGUCAAGAGCUACACUCCGGAGAUGAGCCAGCUGUCCAUCCUCUUCAGGAAUGUUGUUGUUCAGUACCAGAAGACCGUUCAGGCCCUGCUUGAUGCAGCCAUCAAGUUCCUGAGGGAAACCCAGAUUGAGCUGCCAGGGAUGGAGAAGGCUACUCUGCCUGAAAUCGUGCACAAGAUCACAACCAACGUUGGCACAGUGCUUGAGCAGCUUCUGCAGGUGAUCAGUGAUAACCUGAACCUGGAACAGAUGAAGGCUGUCUCAAACAAGGUGGUGGAGAUGGUGAAGAAUCUGGAAAGCUUUGAUGUCAUCUUGCAGAAAAUGGGUGACACCCUGAGUAACGUAGUCCAGACAACCCAGACAUUUGUCGACAGCCUGAGCUCUGACGUUCUGGACAGUGUCUUUGUGUACAUCAAUGCUCUCUAUUCUAACCUUGUCACACUUGCCAAGGAUGUGACAGAGCAAGUUAAUAACAUGCUGACUGCACAGGGCAUUGACAACUCACUUAAGUAUGCGUUAGAGUCGGCCAGAUCUUUUGUGACUGUAAUUAUCAAUUUUGUUGCUCAGUAUCUGUCAGAUGGAAAACUGGAUUUGGAGCUAGACUUUCCCAUCCACCAAUAAUAUAUUUGUAAGCUGUGAAAGUGUUUAACAGGUGAAACAAUCUUAUGUUGAAAGGAACAUUUUGAGAGAACAAUGGAUGCUUAGGUCCUUUAGCAUGUAUUUAAAGACGUCCAAAGUAACGUCUAAAAAGCUGUAUUAUUUUUGUGUAAAUGACAACUCGUACACCAACUCAGCGAUCACCUUUUGAAAUGAAAAUGCUUUGAUGAAUCCAUCUACACAUCAUACCCUACAUGUGUUCAAUGCUAUGACUGAGAGUACCAAUAAAGAUCAUUUGUACUGCAAGAA